AUGGAGCCAGAUGCCAAGGAGUUCACGAGUAUGGUUGCUAAGAUAAUUGAUAAGAGGCUAUGGAUGGGGGCUAUGGGAAAAUCAGAUGGGAUGCUUUCAUGCACAACAGCUAAAGAAAUAUGGGAUAGGUUGAAGGAACUGUACUCAACCGAUGAGGAUCUGGAGCACUCGAUCCAAACCUUAUUGCUCUCUGAAUUCGGUGCUUUCGUACAAAAACCUGAAGAGAAGCUCAUUCAAACAUUCGAUCGUUUCAACCAUUUUCUUAGCAAGAUGAUGAAGCCUAGUAUUGAAAGGAAGGUGAUUGAACAAAAUGAUACAUUAAUGAAUGGCUUAAGGCCCGAAUGGAUAGCAGUGGUUUCAACAGUGAAAGCUCAUGAACAAUUUAAAUCAUAUUCACUGGCGAAGCUAAUGGGAAUUCUCAAAUCCCAUGAGAGCGAAGUAACAAAAGAAGCGAAAGUUGUUUCGGGUGUGGGUUCACUGGCCCUUGUUUAUAAACGCAAGAAUGUAGUAGACGAAGAGGAGCAAUCUGAUAUGUCAGAAUGUGAUCUGACCAAUGAAGAGUACACAAUGAUGGUCACUAACCCGAAGAAGUUUGCUCGCAGAAAGUUCCCAGCCAAUAAGAACCGAAACUGGCAGGGAAGCUAUAAUUCUGAAAAAGUGAAGGAAGAACCAAAGAACAACACCCAAAAGGACGAUGAAAAGAAGGAGAGUAAACUUGAAAACAUUGUCAAUGAUGAGUUCGAUGGAGUGGAAGUUUGGUCUAUAGAUUCUGAGGAUGAAGAGGUACGCACACCCUCGCAUGGAAGAGCAUAUGUGGCGAGAGAAGGAGUUGUUGUGUCGGCUGGGAAAUGCUUAAUGAUAACAACCGAAAGCAAGCAUGAGAAGGAGAAGGUCAAGGAAGACAAAUGCUUCGCUGCCAAGCCCAUGAGUGAAAAGAUCAGCGACUGCGAUCAGUUGAUCAAGAAGGAGGACGAAAUCAUUUCUGAGUGUGAAUCUAUAAUGUCCUUGGAUGAAAUCUCUGUCACCUACAAAUAUGGAUUGGACAAAAUUGAAUCUUUCAUUGAGUCUAAAGAACAAUUCAUUAAAAACGAACCCGAACCAACAAAACCCCUCAUAUCUGAAAAUUCGGUUGAAUAUGCUCGGGUGUCAAAGGAAAAAUCAAAGACGCUCAAAGAAAAGGCCAUUGUCUAUCAGAAGGUAAUAAGUGAGGAGCAGUUUGACGAAGAAUGCAUCAUCAAAGGAUAUGGCAUGAUAACUAACGGAGAGUUCUCUAUACGAAAGGUAGCCUACGUGGAAGGAUUGCAACAUAACCUCAUCAGCAUUUCUCAACUUUUCGCAGGAACCAGUUUGAAAGUCUCGUUUGAUGAUGAGGGAUCAAAAAUAAUUGAAAAACAAAUGAAGAAAAUUCUGUUAAAAUCUGAGCGAAAAGGGGAGAUAUUUCCUCUAAAUCUCAACUUGAUAAAAGGAAAGCUAGAAAUAUGUUUGCUAUCAAAGGCGAACACAAAUGAAAGUUGGUUAUGGCACCGAAGACUGUCCCAUCUGAACUUCAAAGAUAUUAAUCAGUUGGUGCUUGGUGAUCACGUGCGUGGACUUCCUAUUCUCAAAUUUGAUAAGGAACAUCUGUGCGCAGCAUGA